AUGAGCAAGAGCUCAUCUGACGGUUCUCCUCAAUUGAACGGCCCACUACUUCCAAACCAGAAGGUUCGCACAACCUGUAACGCCUGCCAACAAGCGAAGAUACGAUGCAGUCACACUCACCCAUGCGAUCGUUGCGUGAGUCAUGGGUUCGAGUGCGUCUACUCGAUCUCGCAACCGUUGGGUCGUCCGGCCAAGAAGAAGGGAAGCCGGCCGACACAGGGGUUACAGUCGGGUAGGACCGAGGGGGAGGCAGCGGGCCGUCCGUUGAGGAGGGGUGCACUAGGUGCACCGAGAAUAGUGACGGCAGCGAGGCUGGUCACGGCACGGACGAGACAGAGGCUGCCCAGACAAAGGGUCGCUCCAGAAUCGAGUCCCGAGGCAAGAGGGGAAUCCGAUUUAGGCACAGAGGUCACAGGUCGGGAGUGUGAUCUCAUAGUGCCUGAUGUGAUGGAAACCGCUGUGGAGAUUCCAGAAACGAUUUUAUCCGAAGAUCAGUGCCAGGGCCAGGAAAAUUCCAGCGCGGACGAGGCCAACACCAACGUCGGUCCAGGAACGGAGGAACAAAGCCCGGACUCAGACGACUCGUUCGUAGGUGGGGACUGGCCGUGGCGAUUCGAUUUCCAGGGGUAUCCCCAUCCCUCACAAACGGACUAUAGCUUAUUCACAGAACAUAGUACUCCCUUUAUCGGUCUGAUGCUCGACGAGCCUCCAAUGUCCCCAUUCGUGGAUGGAGACCCGAAUGCUCUCCACGAAGCUGCACCAGGCAUAACUUUCGAUGGUGAGGCAUCUUAUGCUUUCUGCCUUGCGCCAAACGCAGGGCAUAUCUCAGAAACCGUCCACGAGCCGUGGCGCAUUAUGGAAUUGCCCUCCAAUAGAAUGCAACACGGCAAAAUGGAGACUGGUUCAAGUCAAUCUCCUUCGGCGGGAGAGAUUGACUGCGGACUCGUCUUCCACUCGCUGUACCUGCUGCCAAUAGGCAACCAGCGAGUUGCUUCGCGCAGAAAAGAAAAACCGCAGACCAGAGAGAUAAGGCUUGCUUCACCUUCAAAGGGUGCAGCCCCAGACAGGACUCCUUCUACACUGUCCCAAACGGAAACCGGGACAGAUGAGCGCCAUUCAACUCAAUGUCUGGGUGGAAGGGAGGUCUCAAUCAGUCCGGAGGAGUGCGUGGACUCAACCGGUGGCUCCGCUUUCUGUCAUGACUGUCACUUACCGUCCACCACAAUAACCCACGCCCAUCAAAAGCUUCACCUUAAUACCGGCUCCGGGCGAUGGUGGACACGAUAG